UGUGUUUCAAGUGGAACGAAACUGAGAGAUCUUCUUUCAAGAAAGUAGACCGACCUGUUUUUUAGGUUAAAAAGUCAUUUUGUGUUUGUUGUUUUGAGGUGUUUCGGGGCUUUUCCAGGUGUUUUUGUCAGAAUUGACUCUUGAGAUGAGGAAUUACAAGAGGAAAACUGACAGACAGAGCUGGAGCUCCACGGAUAUGGCACAGGCUAUUGCUAUGGUUGUCGAGAAAAAAUUGGGGAUUAAUAAGGCUGCACAGUUAUUUAAUGUUCCAAGUACUACAUUGCAAAAUCGAGUUAAGAAGUAUCAGAGUGGGUGUUCCCUCGAGGAAGCUGCGAAGAAAGGACUUGGAAAAUUCAAGGCCAUCUUCACUGAGCUGCAGGAGAAGUGUCUCGUGGAGUACAUUCAGCAGGUGCAAAAGACUAAUACUGAAAAAUUUACAACGAAAGACCUGAGGAAAUUGGCGUACCAGCUGGCGGAGAAGUGCAAUGUCCAGCACAAGUUCAACGCUGAGGACGGCAUGGCAGGAUUGGACUGGUACACUGGAUUCAUGAAGAGGCACCCGGAGCUGUCAUUUCGCAAGCCCAAGAAUUCGGAAAAUUACCCAGAUCAUCACGACUGUCUCGAGAUCAUCCUGGAGGAGCAUGAGAUCAAGGUCGAGCCCGUUGACCCACCAAAAUCAGCCACAUAACACAAAUAAACCGACGAAUCUCGACGAUUUAAGAUUAAGGGACAUUUAUCAUGGAUAUAUUAUUAUUUUCACUAUCUAUCGUGUAAUCUAUACAGUAAGUCUCCAGUAUUAUUCAGUUAUGAUUAUGUGGGAUCAUUUUUUUUAUUUAUUGUCACGUCGAUCCAUUAGGUAAUUGAUAUAAAGUCGAAAUAUAUGGAAUAUGUGAAAUAUU